AUGAUGAAAUUAAAAUCAUUUAUAGUAAACAAUCAAAGAAUUAUAAUAAAUAGCAAAAAUGAUAAUUUUAUUAGAAAUAAUAAUUUAAAUAAUUAUAAGUUUAAUGAUUGUAAAAAGUCAUCUUUGAAUUUCUACAAUAAUAAAUCUACGAAUGGAAUCUUUAAUAUUCACAAGAAGAAGGAAUUUAAAAAAAUUGAUUUAAAUACUUUUGUAAAUUCAAUCAUUAGAAGAAAUUAUCAUGAUGAAGGAAUUUUUGGAUAUCAAGAAUUGUUAAAUCGUGUAGAAAAUGCAAAUUUGCUUAGACUUGUAACUAAUUAUAGAACCUAUGGACAUAAAAAUGGAGAUAUUGAUCCUUUAGAAGUAGCAGCACUUGAUCAUAGAAGAUAUGGAUUAAAUGAUCCCAACAGAUUUUAUAAUUUAAAUGGAAUUCUUCACGUAAACAAUUCAAAAGAUUCAAAAGAUUCAAAAAAACAGGAAAAAUUAGAAGAAAUCAUAAAUUAUUUAAAAAAAGUAUAUUGUGGUAGAGUUACUUAUGAGUUUAUGCACAUACCAGAUGCAAGCGAAAAAAGAUGGUUUUAUAAUGUAAUAGAAUCAAAUUAUGAAGUUAAUCUGAAAUUUGAACAAAAAAAAAGAAUUUUUGAAUUAUUAGUAAGAUCAGAGGUAUUUGAUCAUUUUAUGGCAAAAAAAUUUCCUCAAGUUAAAAGAUAUGGAUUAGAAGGAGGUGAAUCGAUGAUGGUUGCUUUAGAUAAACUAUUUGAAGUAUCAAAUAAAGUUGAACUAGUAAUGUGCAUGCCACAUAGAGGCCGAUUAAAUUUAUUAACUGAUUUAUUAAAAUUUUCUCCUAUAAGAUUGUUCCAUAAAAUCAAAGGCAAUCCAGAAUUUCCAGAGAAUUUACCCGCAACUGGUGAUGUUUUAUCACAUCUUGGUAAGUUAAACUAUUGCGAUGAUAAAUUAUUAAGUGUUUCCAUGUUGAAUAAUCCUUCGCAUCUCGAAGCAGUGAAUCCAGUCGCAAUGGGUAAAGCGAGAGCAAAGCAAAUGGAUUUAUUAAGAUUUGAGUCAGAUUGCGAAUUGGGUGAUAAAGUUAUGUGUAUACAGUUACAUGGUGAUGCUGCAUUUACAGGUCAAGGAAUUGUAACGGAAAGUUUUGGAUUAUCAAAUUUACCACAUUUUUCAUCGGGAGGUUCAAUUCAUAUCGUGGUGAAUAAUCAAUUAGGUUAUACUACACCAGCUCAAAAUGCUAGAAGUAGUUGGUAUUGUAGUGAUAUUGGUAAAAUUAUAAAUGCGCCUGUUAUACAUGUUAAUGGUGAUUAUCCUGAGGACGUUACAAGGGCUGUUGAAGUUGCAUUUGAAUAUCGUAAUAGAUUUAGAAAGAAUCAAUUAUCAAAUUGGACACAGGUUAAUAAUAAUAACAGUAUAUCAAGAGAAAUUUUGGAAAAAGUUGGAAGAAUUUCGGUUAGCUUUCCGGACGAAAUUGUAAUUCAUCCAAGACUUUUGAAAUUUCAUAUACAAUCAAGAUUAUUAAAAUUAUCCGAGGGCAAAAAGAUUGAUUGGGCUACGGCUGAGUCACUUGCUUUUGGAACCUUAUUAUUGGAUGGUUACAAUGUAAGAAUAUGUGGUCAAGAUGUUGGUAGAGGCACAUUCAGUCAAAGACAUGCUAUGUUUGUUUGUCAAAAAACUGAGAGAGUUCAUAUACCAUUAAAUAAUUUAGAUAAAAAUCAAGGAAUGCUUGAGGUAGCAAAUAGUAAUUUAAGUGAAUUGGCUGUAGUUGGAUUUGAAUAUGGAAUGUCAUCUGAAUCUCCAAAUAAUCUAAUUAUUUGGGAGGCUCAAUUUGGCGAUUUUUUUAAUGGAGCCCAAAUAAUCAUUGACACCUAUAUAUCAAGUGGCGAAGCAAAAUGGUUAAGACAAUCUGGAUUAGUUAUGUUAUUGCCACAUGGUUAUGAUGGUGCAGGUCCUGAACAUUCAAGUGCUAGAAUUGAACGAUUUUUACAAUUGACAAAUGAUAGAUUCGAUGUUUUAAAUGAUAAUUCACCAAUAAAUACAAAUAUGCAUAUAGUUAAUCCAUCUACACCUGCUCAAUAUUUCCAUGUUUUAAGAAGACAGGUAAAAAAUCCUUUACUUACCAUAAUUGCAAAAUAA